CGAAAAAAAUUAUUAUUUUUAUCACAUUUAUGUAAAAAUGGCUGAUCAAGUGUUAAGGGAAUUAGAGGCUGCUGCCCAAGUUGUUUUAGCACCUCCAAAUAUUGUAACCGCCGAGCAGAGACAGUCUGCGGAAGCAGUGUUCUUGACUUUUCGAAAAACAAAAUCGCCCUAUGAACUUUGUCGACAAAUAUUAGAGACAAGUUCCGUAGACUAUGUCCUCUUUGAAUCUGCCGGUUUAAUAAAAUCAGCGCUAAUUCGAGAAUGGACAUUUUUACCUCCAGAUGAUAUUGUUUCGUUGAGACAAUAUCUCUUGCAUUAUAUCAUCAGCAAAUCCACAUUGGCACUAUUUGUGAGGGAAAGAAUAUUACAAGUGAUUGCAAUUAUGGUGAAAAGAGGAAGCGUGGAGGAUUUGGGUGAAGAAAGACGUCGGAUAUUAAAUGAAGUUGAAGGUCUCAUUAUGAGCGGAGAUAUGCCAAGGCAACUUUUGGGAUGUAGCAUAAUAUCGUCAUUAAUGCAAGAGUAUGCAACGACUGUAAAAUCAUCUGAUGUUGGAUUAACAUGGGAGACUCAUUUUAAAGCCAAGGAACAAUUUGAAUUGACUGAUUUAAAAAGGAUAUUUAAAUUUUGUGUUGGAGCACUCGGAGAAUUGACUAAAGAAAACAUACGAGAAGAGACUUUACCACUUGUCAAACAUCUUUUAGCCAUAUCAGACAACAUUCUCUUAUGGGGAUUCAUUUAUGCAAAUUUGCCAAAAAGAUUAAUAGGAGUUUUUGAAACUGUUCAUGAAUCAGAUGUACCAUCAUUGCGUUUGAAUAGUUCUUGGCAAGAUGUGAUUCUCGAUCCGGCUGUAUUAGACUUAUUUUUUACUCUCUAUUGGAAAGUGCGUACUAAUUUACAACUUGCUCAUCAUGCAAGAAGUUGUCUUGUUCAAUUGGGAAGUUUAAAUAUGUUUGGUUUCUCAAAUAAUGGCAAAUUACAAUAUUUGACGGUGUAUUUACAAAAUUUUCUCAAGCUUCUCUCGAACAUUGAAAUUAUCGAUCAGGAAGCUCUUGGAAUUGCUAGAAUUAUAAGAAAAAUCAUGACAUUCUUCCAAAGUACAUUAAAAUCAUUACCAGAAGAUUUAUUUAAAUCAUUUAUGGAACAAAUCACGAGAUUAACUUGUCUAUUUGCUGAAGGUGCUGCUCGAGAGGAAUCUAUGUGUGCAGAUGAUUGUUUAUAUAUGGAAGCCUUUGAGAGAAUGCUCGACAUUUGGAGCACAAUUACAAGCCAUUAUAAUGUGUGUUAUAAUGAAUUUAAUGAAAAUAGUUUUGUACAAAUAUUUAAUACGUACCUUCAGUGCCACUUAUCGCCUCCUGAUGGUAGUAAAGGAACAGGAGGUAGAGAACUCAGCAACGAAGAAAUUAAUUCGUCCGAGGAAGACGAUAGAACUAAAUUUAAUUAUCAGUUACACAGUAUAGGAAAAUUGGGAAGAGAAAUUCUUGGUCACUCGCUACCACUUUUAGCUCGACUUCUUGAGGAUCGAACGAGCAGAUUGCGAGCUCAACUUAGUAGUAUAGUAAGUCAACCUGAGACAUUAAAAAUUUCAGGUAGUAUGUCUCUUGAAAACCUUUACGAAGAUUUGCAUUGGAUUAUUCUUCUUGCGACUCACGUUCUCUGCAUGGAAUCGGAAGGAGAAGUGGCGACAAUGCCAUCUGAAAUUAUGCGCUACAGCAUGAAACAGGUACAAAAUGGCCAAGUUGAUGUAAAUACAACGUUACAACUUUUGGCAUCACCACAAAGUAAUUUAUCGGACAUAAAUGGUGCUGAACAAUCAGCAGAUCACGUUGUUAGACUGACAGCCGCUGUUUUUCGAAUAAGCGCAAUUGAAAAAAUUGCUAUUGAAGCGAAUGCGGCACAUAUUUUGAGUCCCGAAUUAAGUAGUACAAUCAUGUAUUUUUUACACAAUUGGUCAUUAAAUUAUUUGAUGCCAAAUGAAGCGAAUUACUCGGAGAUUAGUACAAUAUUUUUGCAAGCAUUCGGUGAGGAUAGCCCUGGAGGUUUAUGGACUGUUAACUUUUUAUUAGAAAAAGUUCUCUAUAUGCUUGAGUCAUUUAAAGGAGAGGAAACUUUAAUUAAGGAGAUUAUUCAAUUAUUAUCGGCAUUAGCUCAAUCACAAUCCAAAUCUGGGGCUUUACUGAAAUCCGAUCAUUUUGCGAGAUUGGUCGAUUUAGCGACAAAGGCACAUUUUGAUUUGUCACAAAUUGCUAAACGAGGUUUAUCGAAAGCAAUUGUUCAAGUUGGCGGAGCUAUUCAAGAUGCAAAUACAAAGGAACAAUAUUGGUUGCAAACUUUACAACCUUUACAAAAUAGAUUCAAGGAAAUAAUCUCCAAUGAAUCAUUCUCGAGAACCUAUCAUCAGGAGAAUGUUAAAGUUCAAAUUAUUGAUAUACUCGAAUCAAUUAUUGGGGUCGUUCAAGGAGUUCAGAGUUCAACAGUUGAUAUUGUUUUUCAAUACACGAGUGUUAUUCUAAAUGAACUUCCUCAACUUCUAUCGUUAUACAAUAAUUAUGAGCAAGUGGUGCAACUUAUUUUAGAAUUAUUUUGCGAGUGCUCGAAAGGAAUGCUUUGCUAUUUAACGGAGUCAAAUAGCACACAAAUGUUUCAAGCAUGUUUGCAUACUGUACAAACGUAUGCACGAUGUAACAGUAAUCGAUUGACUGUCGAUACAACAGCUGAGGAAGAUAGUUUUCAGGAUAUCCUUCUACUUAUGAAACUUUUAACGAACUUACUCAGCAAAGAUAUUUUUGACUUAAGUCUCCCGGAUCCUGAUUCUAGUCGCGAUCAACCUUUCACGUCUGUGAAUGUAUUUUUGUAUGGUUUGAAUAUUGUGAUGCCCAUGAUGACCAUUGAUUUACUUAAAUUCCCCUCUUUAUGUUUACAGUAUUUUAAAAUGAUCACCUUUGUGUGUGAAGUUUAUCCUGAGAAGGUUUGUGCACUGCCGGCAGAUUUACUGCAACAAUUACUCGUCUCUGUGGAAUUGGGUUUUUUCUCAUUUGGACACGACGUUACUAUUUUGUGCUGUGAUAUUGUCCAUGUUAUGGCCAUGCAUAUUUUUAAGGAAAUUAAACAAGGACGACCAAGGGGUCAACUCAUGGCCCCAUUUAUGAACCUGAUAAUAAAUCUCAUCUUUAAUCAUCAAAUAAAUUCGGAUCUCAUAUCUCACACGAGUAUACCAUUGUAUUAUUUAAUUUGCUGCUAUCAGGAACAAUAUCAGCAAAUUGUCCAGAAUCUCAUAGCCUCACAAGCAAAUUCACAAAUAGCUGAAAGGCUCGCGGCAGCUUUUACCGAACUCACAGCGAAUGUUGCAUUAAAUGGCGAACGUGCAACAAAGCUUAAGUUCAAAGACAAUUUUGACAAAUUUAUUGUCAGCAUACAAGGAUUCUUGAUAGUAAAAUAAAAAAAAUAUCGAAUAUAUAUAUAUAUAUAAUAUAAAUAUAUAUAUUGUCCAUUGUACUUACUGUAAUACAUUUUUUACGACUCUGUCUCUCUCAGUAAUUGCAAAAAAGAAAAAGAGAAAAAAUUGUGAGUGUAUACGUUUGUAAUAUUAAGAAAAAAAGUGAAAUGAUUUCUAUACUAAAAAUGGGAAAAAAGACGAAUUUUCGGAAUGUCUCAACGAAUAUUGCUUUCCGAAUAUUUUUUAAUACAAGCGUACAAAUAGAAAAAAAAAUCAAGCCAAUACAUUCUUCCAGUCAUCGAAGCUUGAUAAUAUUUUUCAAAUAUAAUCUUUUCAAUUCUCAAUAGAGAAUUAUCUGAGAGUUAUUCUUUUUUCAAUGAUAGAAAAAAAGAGAACUUUCAGAAUAAUAAUAUUGAACAAGAAAAAAAAACUCCAAUAUUUUAAAAAAUCCGAGAAACUCGAUGUUUUUUAAGAAUGAUAAUGCUGUGAAAAUUAAAUUUUAAAGUACCAGUAUUUAGUCUCAUAUAUACACAAAAAAUUAUUUGCUCUGCAUUUUUACCUUCGACUUUAUUGCACAUCAAAGAGAAGGAAUGUUUAAAAAGAGUAGAAAAAUGUAGUUAAGCUCUAAUUGUACCGUAAAUCCAUAUUCAGUCCAUUUGUGUCGUUAUUAUGCAAAUUUAUAUAUAUAUGUAUAUCAUAUAACAAUGAAAAUGCUCAUUUUUGCUUAAAUAUUCUAUAAAUUUUUAAUCUUUGACUGAUAAUUGUAGUAGCAUUUGCUGUUUGUGGAACUGAGGAAUCCAAAAGAGCCGAAAUCAAAAUUAUAUCUGUGUAUAGUGUAAUUAAAAAUAUUUCAUAUUGGUACUUUAUAACAAACAUUAAAGCAAAAAAUUCAAGCUAUGUUUUUUAAGUUUAAAAAAGACAAAUUUAAAGCUAACUAAAGUCUUUAAAUUCACUUUAAACACUUAAAUCAAAGCAGAACUGAUACAGAGAAUAUUUUUUCUCAAAGACAAAACUCGGAUUAAUUUUUCAAAUUUGACAAAAGCAUAUUUUUUAGAUUUUUUCGCUUGUAAAACAAAUAUUGUAUCAAAAAGAAUUUGAUACAAAAUCCAUUGUUUAUAUUUUGUCGAUUUGAGUAUUAUGUACAGUGAUUUUUUUUUUGUUUAUUCUUUUGUGUAUUGAAAAAGUAUAUUCAUCCAUACAACUCCAUUUUAUUAUUGUAAAAUUGAAAAAUCGAAUUUCAAUAAAUCUGUACAUACUA